AAUUGGUCUGUCCUACUUGUCAGCUAAACGAUGUAAUUGGCUAGUUUUGCUGGACACCGCGAGGAAGAGGCGUCAAUUUUAUUCUACUUCACUGCCAUUCCGUUUUUAAAGACUCAGUCUUUGUCGACAUUUCUUUCUUUACAGCGAUAAACUUUAUUGUGAGUAGCGGACUUUUCACGAAGUCUCCUCCACAGUACACGACGUUUUCGACAGUUCUUUAUAUUUGCUUUUCAUUGUCGGAGUUUCACGAAGUCUCUUCCACAGUACACGACGUUUUCGACAGUUCUUUAUAUUUGCUUUUCAUUGUCGGAGUUUCACGAAGAUCAUGGACCAUCGCCCUUUGUUCCGUGUGCAGCCUUCGUCCACUGAGCUCACUCUCAGGCCCUCACCAGAAGCACUGACGGUGGCCCAGGCCUAUCAUGGGUCUGAGGCAUGGAAGGUGAAGGUGCCUCAGAAGGUGAAGGAGGAGGCGAAAGCUCGCAUUCUGCAAGGAGGAGGAGAUCCCCACUGCUCCCAGCUGCUUCUCAGCCAAUAUGAGAUCCAGUUUGGGCAGUACCGGGGACAGACCUUCAAGUGGCUCCUGAGUCACGACGUGGGCUACGCUGUGGCCCUGCUGGCCUCACACCAGAAGGAGCGGGAGAGUGGUGACACAUCCAGCUCACCACUUAUGGCCAACAAGGAUGCCCUCACCUCCUACAGCAAGCUGUUCCCAGAGGUGAUGUCAGCCGUGGAGGGACGCCGUGCCACGGAGGGUUCCAAGUCUGUCCGGAGCCAAGACAAGAAGUUGGUGGAGUUCGGCCCCCACGGAGCCAUGACCUACGCCUCCAUGUACGAGGCCACGGGGAAAGAGGUUGAGACCUACGUGCAGUGGCUGAGGAAGAAGAAGUGCAUCCCAGGCAGCUCUCUGCAUGCUUUAAAGACCUACAUACUGGGCCGGGACCAGGAGAAGAACCAGCAUCCCUCCCAGCAGCCCCAGUGCCCACCAUCUGACGGUGUUGUGCUCCCAGUUGCUGUUCCUGCUGCCUCCACGCGUGUCUCUGAAAAGCUGAUUUCUUUGUCUUCUCUGUGUGAAACAGCUGCUAACGAGCCCUCAGACGAGAUGCUCCUGGCUGCUGCCUUAGAGGUGGAGAGUCAGCAGGUCCCAUCUUCAGCCUCCACUCCUGUGCCCGUUGAUGACCUGGACCUGUCUUCCAGUGGUGACAGCAGCGUCGCCGUGCGGCCCAGGACCAGAGCUGCAGCCGCAGCUGAGGGCUGUCCUAAACCCUCGCGGCCAAUUAGUGGCUCAGAGCUGCUGCCUCACAGCUGGAGGCAGACUCUGCCGGAGGAGCAGCAGGACUGGGUGGGCCGGGCUCUGUUCACCAGGAACGCCAGGGGCCAGCGUGUCCUCACCACCGACCUUCGCCUCUGGUGGUACCCUCCCGGAGCCCGGCCCCUCUACACCCAGACCCCUGCAUCGUCCCACGCCUUCUUCCAGAGGCCGUUCUUCCUGUGGCUGCCCUACAAGAUGUGGGCGUGCAGGCUUGUGUGCCCCAGCUGUGACACGAAGCUGACCGGCGCAGGACUGCACAAGACGGUGCGCAGGGUUCUGGACAGGGACGGCUGGUACUUUAUGGGCACAGAGUGCCUGGAAUGUCGUUCCUGUGGGAAGAAGAUGGCCGCCUGGGUCCCGGACAUCAUCAAUCAGUUGGACCCGGGUCACCGGAAUCAAUUCCCGGCUGUACUCACCUACAAGCUGUCCUGCCACAAGUCGGUGAUCUCGCAGAUGAGGCAGCGGACUUUGGGCAACAGUGCGACCCGCCUUCGCAAACAGCUGAUGGAGGACCACACAGAGACCUGGAUGUCCUGCACUGCAACGUACCUCGGGGUGCUGAAGAAGCUGGGCGUAGCGGGUGCAGCAGUCAAGCCGGUGACUGUCCCACCCCUGCACCCGGUGCCCACCGUGGGCUGGCUCCUCUCCGUCUUUGUCAGGGACGCCCUGUCUAGGCUGGAGGCGACCAAGGCCAGGGUCACGUCUAUCUUCGGCAACAUUCUGAAGAUGGAUUCUACAAAGAAGAUGACCUCCAAGCUGGCUGGCAAAGCUGCGGGCACUGCAGCGUGGGUGACAAACGUGGGCAACGAGUACGGACAGGUGCUCAUGUCCGUCCUCACGGCUGCAGAGGGGGAUGGGCUUUUGCCCAUGGCCGCAGGGCUGAUGCGGCGGUACCGAGAAGCCCAGGUGGCCCCUCCAGCGGUGCUGUACGUGGACCGUGACUGCUGCUCCCUCACUGGACGGACGGGCACAUCCGCCAUGUUCUCCGAGUGGGACCAGCUGGUGGUGAGGCUGGACGUGUGGCACCUCAUGCGACGCUUUGCCAGAGGUGUCACCACUGAGAGCCACCAGCUGUACCCUCAGUUCAUGGCGCGGCUGUCCUACGCCAUCUACCUGUGGGACCAGGACGACCUGGCUCUGCUGGAGAAGGCCAAGCGCGCAGAGGAGGGCAGAGAUUCCUUCAUCCGUCUCUCUGCCAAGGAGCUGGCGCGUCACUGCCGCCGCUACACGCGCGGCGCGGCAGAGACGGAGAGGCUGAUCCAGGAGCUCCUGGAUCAGUUCUGGGACCUGCGAAACGAUCUGGGCGUCGUCCUCAUAGAUCAUGAAAGGAUGGAGGCGAUUUGGAGCGUGCAGCGUCGUCACCUGAGCUGCAUCCAGGAUCCCCCGGGAGUGGCGCUCUACACUAAGACGGGGGAGCUGACCAAGGGAGGGAUCCGGCUCCCCGUCUACCGCUGCGCCCGAGGAUCCACUUCACUGGAGUCCUUCCACCUUCACCUGAACCGCUUCAUACCUGGCACGUCAGCCAGUGCCCUGCACUUUCAGGUGUACUUGCUGGAGGGCCUGGUACGAUGGAAUGAAGACCGCGGCAGAGCUUCAGUGGAAGGAGCCCAGAGGCUGGUCCCGCGCUGCUACGAUGCCCUGCUGCAGGAUUACCUCAAGCAGCUGACCCAAGAGUUUAUGGGUAUGACGCUGGUGGAGACAUACACCCAGCCUGGAGAGUACACAGGUGAGCUGAUUGGGGUGGAGUACCUGUUUUCCCAGACGGGUGCCGUGCUGGAGGAUUUGGGCCGGGAUCCAGACGCUCCCGACGGCCUGGAUGAGGCUGACGUGGAGGUUGUGGAUGAUGAUGAGGGGGAGGAGGACGAGGGGUUUGGGGAGCUUCAGGACAUGCAGUUUCUGCAUGACCAGCCGACACCUUCAGCUUCAGCUGACACCGACCCCGUCUCACGGGAAGAAUCCGCUGUGGAGACGGGAAUGGAUGUCGCAGAGGGUGACGGCCCUGAUGCACUUGGCCCAGAUGGGCGUAGCGGGUACCAGCACGUCACCGCUCUGGCCCACGCCCUAGUAGAGCUGCGUCAUCACACGUAUGCGACACAGCUAAAGGCCAGAGAGAUCAUCGCCUUGUGGGAGAAGCUGCUGGAUCAUGACAAGGAACCAGUUGCCUUCCCCCCGCGCCACCAGGAGCGGUUGGUGACAGGCAGGUUUAAGAGCUCGCGGUCAAGCAGCAUUGCCGGCGUGGACAGCGUGCAGCGUUCCUUUCUAGGCAAAGGUGCGGGCGCUGCUCAGUCCCCUAAGGUCAGCAGGCUGGUGGAGGCCAUCUUCCUGGAGCUGUGUGACGUCCACAGUGAGGGACGUUCACUGGGCGGGGUCCGGGUCAGUCGCUGGGCUUCCGUCCUGAGGGACUACAACACCAUCCGGGACGUUGUAGUCAGCUGCCCCACGCUGAUGACCAACACCUCCAUCCACCUCUACAACGUCAACCAGAAGACGCUCCUGCAGUGGCACACAGAGAGGAGCAAGGGAAUGAGCACCACCUUCCUCCUCAGUACUGUCCCCGGACCAGGCGGACCUGCUUCUGGUACUCAGGGUGUCCCAUCACAGUCUCUGAAGGUGAACCCUGUGCUACCUCAGAGGCCGUUGCAGCACCCACAAACUGAAGACACCUCAGGGCUGGCAACCACACACCGUGGGCCUGUGGCACCGGCCCUGUAUGACCUGAUUGUCUCUGCUGCCAUGGCUUCUGAAGCAUCAGCUGCCACCAUCACUGCUUCACCAGACACAAUCACCACUACCACCCACCAUGCCAUCUCCAUCACCGCUGCUGCACCUGCUGCUGCUGCUGCUGCUGCUCCUGCUGCUGCUGCUGCUGCUGCUCCUGCUGCUGCUCCUGCUCCUGCUCCUGCUCCUGCUCCUGCUCCUGCUCCUGCUCCUGCUGCUGCUCCUGCUCCUGCUCCUGCUCCUGCUCCUGCUCCUGCUGCCGCCGCCGCCGCCGCCGCCGCCGCCGCCGCCGCUGCUGUUCCUCGCUCCACAGCCUGGCAGAGGAGGAUUAGAGAGGAGGAGCUGCGUCGUCAGCGAGAAAGGGGUCUCCCUCUUAAAGAGAGGAAGAUCUUUACACACUUCCGCUGUGGCCGCUGUGGUCAGCCCAAGACCAAACAGUAUGGCCACAGCCGUUACAGGGGAGAGUUCUUCUGUGCCACAUCGGAGGGUCGCUCUGUGGAUGACUGGUUGAAAGAGAAGAGACGACUGGACCCGAAAUACCAGCAGCCGCCCAGGUGAAGGACAAUCCACAACAAUGCACGUGACUCCUUUUAAUCUUUUUUCUAAUUGCAGGACACACCAACUUGACGUGCAGCAUAGUGUCACUUGUAUAUAGUUUGUGUAAUUUUGCUUAUAUAUAUUUUGUGUGUAUUUUUAAAAUCUAUCUAAUUUUAAUAGAGUAUUUUGUUACAAAUUUGUAAUGUACAUAGUUUAAUUUUACUGUUGACAAUGUUCUCAAGCUAAUUUAAUUGAUGUUUUUGUUACAUAAAAAAUCUUUUCAAAGGAUCA